CUCUUAAAUUUUAGCAGGAAAGUUAAACAUCGUAAUGGAGCCUAGUGUUCCAGGUUCUUCAACAUCUUCUAGAGCGACUAGAUUCAUGAUGGAAGGAGUAGGAGCGCGUGUUAUACGGGGGCCAGAUUGGAAGUGGGGCAAACAGGAUGGAGGAGAGGGGCAUGUAGGUACUGUGAGAAACUUUGAAUCACCAGAAGAAGUUGUGGUUGUGUGGGACAAUGGAACUGCUGCAAAUUACAGAUGCUCUGGUGCUUAUGACUUGAGGAUCCUGGAUAGUGCUCCCACUGGUGUUAAACACGAAGGAACUAUGUGUGAUACGUGCCGGCAACAACCUAUAUUUGGUAUUCGCUGGAAGUGUGCUGAAUGCAGUAACUACGACUUGUGCUCUGUGUGCUACCAUGGAGACAAGCAUCACCUACGCCACAGAUUCUACCGCAUCAGUGCGCCGGGUGCACAGCGCUGCCUAGUGGAGCCCCGUCGCAAGAGCAAGAAACAAGCUGUUAGAGGAAUAUUCCCUGGAGCUAGGGUUGUUAGAGGGGUUGACUGGCAAUGGGAAGACCAAGAUGGCGGAAAUGGCAGAAGAGGGAAAGUGAAUGAGGUCCAAGACUGGUCCGCAGCCAGUCCCAGGUCAGCUGCCUAUGUGGUCUGGGACAAUGGGGCUAAGAACCUUUACAGAGUUGGAUUUGAGGGAAUGGCUGAUCUCAAGGUUAUGAAUGAUGUGAAAGGUCAAAACGUAUACAAAGAACAUCUUCCGCUAUUGGGAGAGCUAGGCCCUGGACGCACGGGCCCUCACGGGUUGCAAGUUGGGGAUCAGGUGAACGUCGACCUGGAUCUCGAGAUCGUGCAGUCGCUCCAAAUCGGGCACGGCGGCUGGACGGACGGCAUGUUCGAGUGUCUCGGGACCACUGGCACCGUCGUCGGUAUCGACGAGGACCAUGAUAUCGUUGUCACGUAUCCCAGCGGCAACCGGUGGACGUUCAACCCCGCUGUUUUAACUAAGGUAUGCAGCGGGAACAUGAGUGCGUCAGCAUCGGGCAGCGGCACAGCCUCCAGCGGGUUCGCCGUCGGCGACCUUGUGCAAGUGUGCGCCGACCAGGAGCGGGUUAAGGCGCUGCAGCGCGGACACGGCGAGUGGGCCGAAGCUAUGGCACCGACUCUCGGAAAAAUAGGUCGCGUACAGCAGAUCUACCACGACAACGAUCUCAAAGUGGAAGUGUGCAAUACGUCGUGGACUUACAACCCCAACGCUGUCACCAAAGUCUCAUCAAUCGGUACCAUUCCGGAAAACUCUUCAGGCGAGCGCCUAUCGGCGCUCCUGAAGAAGCUAUUCGAGACCCACGUGACGGGGGACACGAACGAGGAGCUGGUGAAGGCGGCCACUAACGGCGACGCGGCGCGCUGCGCGGACAUCCUGGCGCGCGCCGACGCGCCCGCCGACGUCAACGGCGUGUUCGGCGGACACACCGCGCUGCAGGCGGCAGCUCAAAACGGGCACCUGGAAGUGAUUCGCGCUCUAGUAGAAGCGGGCGCGGACGCGGACGCGGAAGACCGCGACGGCGACCGCGCGGCGCACCACGCCGCGUUCGGGGACGAACCCUCGGCUCUCCGGGCCCUCGCCGCUGCCGGAGCUGAUUUAAACGCGCGGAACAGGCGGCGGCAGACCCCGCUGCAUAUAGCAGUCAAUAAGGGACAUCUGGGCGUCGUCAGGACGUUGUUACAGCUCGCUGUGCAUCCGAGCUUGCAGGACUCUGAAGGGGACACCCCUUUACAUGAUGCUAUAUCGAAGAAACGGGACGACAUGCUGUCGCUGCUGCUGGAGCAUGGAGCUGACAUGACCCUCACCAAUAACAACGGUUUCAACGCGCUUCAUCAUGCAGCGCUUCGAGGCAAUCCAAGUGCCAUGAAGAUAAUGCUGGGUAAACUUCCCCGGCCGUGGAUAGUGGACGACGCGAAGGACGACGGCUACACCGCGCUCCACCUGGCGGCGCUCAACAACCACGCCGAGGUGGCCGAGCUGCUGGUGCGCGGCGGCGCGCGCCCCGACCUGCAGAACGCGAACCUGCAGACCGCGCUGCACCUGGCGGUCGAGCGGCAACACACGCAGAUAGUCCGGCUGCUCGUCUCGCACGGCGCCGACCUCAACAUCUGCGAUAAGGACGGCGACACGCCGCUGCACGAGGCGCUGCGCCACCACACGCUGCAGCAGCUGCGGCGGCUGCAGGACGCGCGCGACGCGGCGCUGCUCUCGGGCCUGGCGCACGCGCAAGACAAGAAGUCUUCCGCCUCCAUCGCGUGCUUCCUCGCCGCACACGGCGCCGACCUCACCGUUAAGAAUAAGAAAGGUCAAACCCCACUCGACCUGUGCCCGGACCCGAACCUAUGCAAGACGCUGACGACAUGCCGCAAGGAAGGCACAGGCGGCAGCGACAUGACUCCCGAUAGCGAAGCAGGCGCGGCGGCGGCGGCGCCGGUCCCUGAGGAGACGGCUCACAUCGACCCUACCGCGGAAGAGUGCCUCGUCUGCUCUGAUGCGAAGAGAGACACUCUCUUCCGCCCGUGCGGGCACAUAUGCUGCUGCAACGUGUGUGCUGCACGAGUGAAGAAGUGCCUGAUCUGCCGCGCGUGCGUGACGUCGCGGCAGCGCGUGGGCGAGUGCGUGGUGUGCUCGGAGGCGCCGGCCACGGUGGUGUUCCGGCCGUGCGGGGACGUGUGCGCGUGCGCCGCGUGCGCGCCGCUCAUGCGCAAGUGCGUCGAGUGCCGCACGCCGCUGCAGCACGGCACCGUGCCUCCGCACAACAUCGAUCUAGAAAAAGAGGGCAGCAGCAACCUGGCUCAAAUCCAAGUGAACAAGGGUCAGCCGGCCCCCGCCCCGGCAGCGCCGCACCACAUGAACAACGGCUCGCGGCCCGCCCCCGCCCCCGCCCCCGCCACCUCGCCGCCGCCCGCCGACGUGCAGAAACUACAGCAGCAGCUCCAGGACAUCAAGGAGCAGACGAUGUGCCCGAUUUGCCUGGACCGGCUGAAGAACAUGAUCUUCCUGUGCGGCCACGGCAUGUGCCAGAUGUGCGGCGACCGCAUUACGGUCUGCCCCAUCUGCCGCAAGCAGGUCGAGAAACGCAUCCUGUUGUACUAGGACACCAUUACACCGAACCAAGUGAAUAUACACCUUA